AUGGACUUGUCAUCGCUGGAAGGUCCACAGAUGGUGAACCCCAGAUUCAUCGUUCAGCCAGACGUGCCGGCUCGCUACCAUCGCUCUCGCACCCCCACUCAUGUGUUAUUCUCGAAACCUCUACCACCAAGACCAGCUUCCGCCGAUCCGGCCUCUCCCCAACAGCGGUAUCAUACGCGCUCUGGAUGGCCAUCCGAAGAGUUAAUCGACAAUAAUCCACGACACGCCCCAGUACGCACAGUGAGAGGCCUGUCAGGUCAGAUUUACCCCGAUUGCGACCCUCGAAAUGAACCUCAUCUUUCUCUCCACACACCCCAGCAAUACCAGUCCACAUCCCAGAUCAGACGACCACGCAGCUCCAUACCAACGAACCUGGUCUGGUUGGAGGACGAGAAGCUCUGGGUCGUUGCAGACAGCGACAUCCCGCCAAAUGAUCGAUAUCACGAAAGAGAGCCCUUGCAUUUGACAUCACCGGUUUCACCACUCUCAGGGUAUCACCCAGCAUCAUUUCACAGGACCGAAUACGAUCAUUAUCGCUCGGCCCGAGAGACUUUGCCGAAUCAGCUGCCGGGAUGCAGUGGUCACGGCUUCGGACCACCGCAUGUCGCACAGUCGAGAGACGAUCGAGUUUCCAGGUGGAUCUCUGUGGUCGAGAGAACACAACAAGAUAGAAGAAGCUGA